UGGCACUCCCGCUCAAUGUUGUCCUGCCUCAGCUCCUCCAGGAAUCCGUUGGCUCUUGGAAACCGUUUGAGGAGAGAGUGAGCAUCCUUCUGAUUUAGGAAUGCUGCAAAGAGGUCAGAGAGGGUAUCUGGCAAGCGGGAUUCCUCUCUGGAUCCCAUUCCCUACCGCUGCACCCCGACCGGGAAGCAACCCGGAAUCACCGCCGGAGAAAUGAGCACCAAUCAGAGGAAGAGACCUGACACACGCUCACCCUGCGCCAUGCUGCCACUGCGCAGCCAGGAUCGCCACACACGGACCUGCAGAGAGAGAGGCCGGAGAGGGCUUCAGGGACAGUACACCUCUGACCUUGUUUGGGACUGGGUGUACCAAAGGUCUGUUUUGGGAGAUGCGAGAUGGGUAAAUGUUUAACCUCCAGCCUGUGGUAAUGUGUGUUUGUACUGUAUGCGUGUGAGAGUGUGUGCAUGCUGUGUGUGUGUGUGAGUGUGUGUGUGUAUGUGUGUGUGCACCUGGAAAGGAGGUCCUGAUAUUUAUAGGGAAACGGUGAGAGCGGAUUCACAGAGAGAGCGACAGAUCGACGUGGCCAUACAGAGCAGGAGCAGCGAGUGAAGCAGAGGACCUGCUGCUGAACGACCAGCAUCACAGACAGUCUGUGUGUUUGACCCACGCGGAUAUUGUGUGUGUUUGACCCACGCGGAUAGUGUGUGCGUUUGACCCACACGGAUAGUGUGUGUGUUUGACCCACGCGGAUACUGUGGGUGUUUGACCUACGGAGCGUAGCGCUGGACACGUUAGGGAGCUUCUGCCUUCAACAGGAGGUGCUGUCCGGAGUUUCACUGAGGGAGAUCGGUGUGUGUGUCGAAGAGACAGGCACACGACUGACUGUACCUGAACUUACCUGAGGAUUGGGAGGAGAGAACAGAAGAGACAACAGCAGUAGCAGCAGCAUUAGCAGGAGCAGCACUAGCGCUAGCAGCACUAGCAGCACCACCACUUUCGGUAGCAGCACUAGCGCUAGCAACACUAGCAGUAGCAGCACUAGCAGCAGCACUAGCGCUAGCAACACUAGCGGUAGCAGCAGUAGCAGCAGCAACACUCACUAUAGCAGCACUAGCAAUAGCGGCACUUACAGUAGCACUAGCAGCAGCAACACUUGCAGUAGCAGCACUAACGCUAGCAGCACGAGCACUAGCCCCCAUGGCCUCGGCAGCUCUGGAGCUGAUGGGCUUCUUCCUGGGCCUCCUUGGUAUGGUGGGCACACUGGUGGCCACCGUCCUGCCGUACUGGAGGACCUCGGCCUUUAUCGGCUCCAACAUCGUGACGGCGGUGACCAACACGAAGGGCCUGUGGAUGGAGUGUGUGUACCAGAGCACCGGGACCUUCCAGUGCGAGACCUACAGCUCCAUGCUGGCGCUGUCGGCAGACCUGCAGGCGUCCCGUGCCAUGAUGGUGGUGUCGGGCGUGCUGUCGGUGCUGGGCUGCGCCGCCGCCACCCUGGGCAUGCAGUGCACCCUGUGCCUGGACGGCGCUGCGGCCAAGGCCAAGGUGGCGGGCGCCGGGGGCUGCCUCUUCCUGGCGGCCGGCCUCUUCUGCUUGAUCCCCGUCUCCUGGACCACCCACGAGGUGGUGCAGACCUUCUACCAGCCCAACCUGCCCGCCAGCUACAAGCACGAGCUGGGGGAGUGCCUGUUCGUGGGCCUGGCCUCCGCCCUCAUGUCCAUGCUGGGCGGGGGGGUGCUGUGCGCCUCCUGCUGCGAGGCCCAGGACGGGCGGAGGGGGGGCGUCAGGAGGCACGGCGGGGGGUACCCGUACCCCGAGCGCGCCGCCUCGUUCCCCAGGCCGCCCCCCCACCCCAUGACCUACCGCAACCCCACCCUGCAGACGGGGGUCAGCGGCGCCACCAAGAGCCAGACGCAGAACCUGAGCCACGUCAGCACCAGCAGCCAAUCCAGCGACCGCAUCCAGCCGUCCAAGAAAUCGCCUCGCCACACCGCCGCAGCCGGCUAUGAUGUCACAGGCUACGUCUGAUGAUGUCACCCUCACUCAACUCGCACUCUGUUUUGAUCUUUGGUACCCUGUUGUUGUUGGAGUUUUUUUCAGUACCAGGAAGAGUCCCUAUUUUUUAAGCCAUGGUCCCACCACAACAUCAUAAGUAAGCUUGAGCAAAAUGAGCUUUGCCAAGAGACUACAGACUUGUGUGAGAUGAGACCUGUGUUGGCUGUGGAUGGCUUCAGACAGAGUGACCACACAAAACCCAUAUACAAUAUUUCACCGACUUCAGUGAGCUGUACAUUAUAUAAGUGACAGUGUAUAAGUCCACAGAACAAACUAAAUCACAGAUUCAUUAACUCACUCAGGCUGUGUGUUUCCGUACAACGAUAAGGCUUAUAGUUCACUGGCUUUACUGUGACAGGAUGACCGUGAAUCUGUUCAUGCAGACGGACAGGUCAGUGUUAAAGAACAUAAACAUGAACACGCAGUGAAAGUUUAUUUAGGGCACCGGUUGGACUCCAGUCCGUGUGAGUAUAAUGGCUUAUAUGUGCUUCCUGUAGUGAAACGACAACGAGUGUACUCCCUGAAAUGUAAGCCAUUAUUCUGUAAGUUCUUGUUUUACCUGUUUUUUAUGAAUGAUUACUUACGCGCACCUGUAAUUCCUGUAUGGGUCAUUAUAUCUGACAUUAAUUCAAAUCGGUUUGUUUUGUUAUGAGAAAAACGAAUGACUGGAAUUCUAAGACGAAGGAAUGUUAAACUGUUUUCUUUUCUACUGUAAUUCAGAAACAGAUACAAUGGUGCUGAAACUACCCUGAUUAAAGAUUCAUGUCUGGCUUGAGAA